GCGGGGGCAGCCCCGGUCUGCUCCGUCGGGGCCCGGGGCUGGGAGGGCGGCGCUAGGACCCGGUGGCGCUCCCCGGCCCCCUCACCGGGCGGGCGGCGCUAGGACCCCGCGGCGCUCCCCGGCCCCGAGCGGCGCGCGGCUCCCGGGGCUCCGUGCGCGCGCGGCGGCGGCCCCGGGCCGGGCGGCGGCGGCAGCAGCAGCAGCAGGAGCAGCGGCAGCAUCGCGGCGCAGUGCGGAGCGGAGCUCAGCCGAGCGAGCCGCGAUGUGACCCCGGGGCCCCGCCAUGGCCGCGCCCGCCGGAGGGGCCCGGCGGCCCCCGCAGCGCAGGAGGAGAUGACGCCCCCCCGCCGCCCGCCGCAGAGCCAGCGCGCCGCCGCCCUGGGGGUCCUCUUUGCCCUGAUCAUGUUGCUGAUCAUCUACCGCUCGGGUAGCGGGAGCGAGGUCUUCCCCUACAGCCACCUGCGGGGCAGAGCCCGCCAGCCCCCCGACCUCAAGAAGUGGGGGGUGAAAAGUGGGUACCUGCCCGUCUGCGGGAACAAGACCCUGACUGCCCGCUGCCACCAGUGCGUCAUUGUCACCAGCUCCAGCCACCUCCUGGGCAGCCUGGGCUCGGCCAUCGAUGGGGCUGAGUGCACCAUCCGCAUGAAUGACGCUCCCACCACUGGCUACGAGGCUGACGUGGGCAACAAGACCAGCUUCCGUGUGGUAGCCCACUCCAGCCUGUACCGCGUCCUCAAACGGCCCCAGGAGUUCGUCAACAAGACCCCGGAGACCAUCUUCAUCUUCUGGGGGCCACCUGCCAAGAUGCAAAAGAGCCUCCUGAAAAUCAUCCAGCGCGUCAGUACCUCUUUCCCCAACAUGACAGCCUACGUCGUCUCCCCCAGCCGCAUGAAGCAGUUUGAUGACCUGUUUCGGGGGGAGACAGGGAAGGACAGGGAGAAGUCACGCUCGUGGCUCAGCACCGGCUGGUUCACCAUGGUGAUCGCGGUAGAGCUGUGUGAUGCCGUCCACGUCUAUGGCAUGGUGCCACCCAACUACUGUGGCCGCCGGCCCCCGCCACGCCGCCUGCCCUACCACUACUACGAGCCGAAGGGCCCCGACGAGUGCACCACCUACAUCCACAACGAGCGGAGCCGCAAGGGCAACCACCACCGCUUCAUCACCGAGAAGCGGGUCUUCGCCAGCUGGGCUGGCCUCUACAACAUCACCUUCUCCCACCCCACCUGGCCCUAGGGGCUGCCCCCCACAGCUGGGCAGACCCCUGGGGCUGGGAUGGAUGGGGGUUCCCCUGCAUCCCCCGGGAGUGGGGAGCAGCAGGAGCCAGGUGCUGGGGGGCCACCAGGUGCCUCCCACAGGACCACCGCCAUUGCACACAGUGGCUCCUCAUGCCUGGGAUGUGUUUGGUUUUGAGCUGGUUUUGGGGGGGGGCAGGUGGGAAGCGCAGGGUUUGGGGCAUCCCCCCCUCCAUGGGUGGGAGGCAUGGGGGUGAGAUCCUGCCUAUCCUGGUUUGGGCACGUUGCACCCCCUGCGGGUGCAUGGUGGGGGCCAGGUCCCCUGGGCUUGAUUUGGGGUUGCAUCACUUUUGGGGUCACCACAGAGACUCCCUCCCCCAAGCCUCUGGGUGGGGGGACCUCUCCUGGGGCUCAGCUCCCCUCUGCCAUACCCAGCACCCUGAUCCUGGUCUGCAGCCAUCCUUCCCUCAACAAAGCCCUGCGGUUCUUGGUGGGACCCAGCGGGGUGACACUGCCACCCAUCAGUGCCCCAGCAUCCCAAAACCACUCGGCCCCUCCCAGCACCGCUGCGCCCCACACCCACACUGCCAAAACCUUUUCUAACCAAGUGAUGGGAUUUGGGGGGGUGGGAGGUUUUUUUGUGUUUUUCCUCUCCACUUCUGGUCCUGGGGUUUGUAUUUGGGUUUCCCAGCUGAAGGGGGAGCGGGGCUGCUCAUGAGUGGUAACAAAGGGGACGGGGCCAGCAGCAGCCUGUGGCUGCGUCCUCAUAAUUCAUUAACCGCUUAUAAACUAUUUAGAAGUGGGCCCGUAGCGGAGGGGGUGGCAGUGCCCCUUGGCACCCUGCGGCUGAGGGGAGUGUUUCAUUAUUAAUUUCUCAGCAGUGGAGAAGGGGGUUUGGGGAAAAGAGCUACAUGCGGCGUGUUUGGGUGCUGAGCCGUGGCUGGGCUCCGUGCCUCAGUUUCCCGCCGGCUCAGCCCGUCCCCGUCGCAGCUGGGGCUCUGGGGGGCUCGGUGCCGGGGGGCGCCCGUGUUUUGUAAUGGUUUGUACAGGAAUAAAUAUUGCUGCGGUCUGUUGCCUUGG